GCGCCCCUUCAUCCUGCGCGCGCCCAGCUGUUUCUAUAGGAACCGCGACAGCGCCUCGGCCCCUCCAGCAGACGCACCAGUGCGAGCAUGCCCAGUGGAAGACACUACUUUGGCUCUGGUCUGGGUUUCCAGUAAGUGGCAUGCGGGACUCCGGAGAGAUCCCAAUGAGCUGAGCUGAGCUGAGAGUCUUUGUGUGAAGAGGGAGGAGUAGGAGGCGGCGACCGCCUUGCCUGGAAACCCUGCCUGGGAAGCCCCGGGCAGGAACAAUGCUAGCCUGCCUGACCAGGGGGAACUUACUGGAUGUCCUGCAGGAGGGCUGCAAUGAGCAACAGCUACAGGCAUAUGUGGCCUGGGUGAAUGCACAGCUGAAGAAGAGGCCAGCGGUGAAGCCAGUGCAGGACCUGCAACAGGAUCUCCGGGAUGGGGUGAUCCUGGCCUACCUCAUCGAGAUUGUUGCAGGAGAAAAGCUGAGUGGAGUACAGCUGAGUCCCAAUAACCAACAGGAGAUGAAGAAUAAUGUAGAGAAAGUGCUACAGUUUGUGGCCUCAAAAAAGAUUCGUAUGCACCAGACUUCUGCUAAAGAUAUUGUGGAAGGAAACCUGAAGUCUAUCAUGAGGCUGGUGCUUGCCUUGGCAGCUCAUUUCAAACCUGGCUCUAGCAGGAUGGUAAGCCAAGGACGGGACUCCAGCGUCCCUCUGCAGAGUCACCAACCUCACAGUGCCACUGCUGUGGCCCAGGGAGCAGCUGCUGCUCUGGCCGAUGUGUGUCAUGAUAUGUCACGGUCAGGACGGGAUGUCUUUCGAUACAGACAGAGGAACAGCAGCGUGGAUGAAGAGAUUGAGAAUCCAUACUGGAGUGUGAGAGCCCUGGUGCAGCAGUACGAAGGGCAGCAAAGGUCCCCGUCUGAAUCCAGCUGCUCCAGCUUGACUUCACCCAGUCCAAUCCACAGUGCAAAGAGUGACUCCAUUAUCACCCAGUCAGAGGAGAAGGCGGAUUUUGUGAUUAUCCCCUCUGAAGGAAUAGAAAACAGAACAGAGGAGAUAGAUUCUCCAGUAUCCCGAGACUGGCGACCAGGGAGCCCUGCAACCUAUCUGGAGACCUCAUGGGAAGAACAGCUGUUGGAACAGCAAGAACAUUUAGAAAAAGAAAUGGAGGAAGCAAAGAAAAUGAUAUCAGGACUACAGGCCUUACUACUCAAUGGAUCCUUACCUGAAGAUGAACAGGAGAGGCCCUUGGCCCUCUGUGAACCAGGAGUCAAUCCUGAGGAACAAUUGAUAAUAAUUCAAAGUCGUCUGGAUCAGAGUAUGGAGGAGAAUCAGGACCUAAAGAAGGAGCUGCUGAAAUGUAAGCAAGAAGCAAGAAACUUACAGGGGAUAAAGGAUGCCUUGCAGCAGAGAUUGACUCAGCAGGACACAUCUGUGCUUCAGCUCAAGCAAGAACUACUGAGGGCAAAUAUGGACAAAGAUGAGCUGCACAACCAGAAUGUGGAUUUGCAGAGGAAGCUGGAUGAGAGGAACUGUCUUUUGGGAGAAUAUAAAAAAGAGCUGGGGCAAAAGGAUCGCCUCCUUCAGCAGCACCAGGUCAAGUUGGAAGAAGCACUCCGGAAACUCUCUGAGGCCAGUUACCAGCAGGUGGAUCUAGAGCGGGAGCUGGAACACAAAGAUGUCCUUUUGGCUCACUGUAUGAAAAGAGAGGCAGAUGAGGUGACCAACUACAACAGUCACAACUCUCAAAGCAAUGGUUUUCUCCUUCCAAUGACAGGAAAAGGAGCUGCUUCAAUCGCCCAAAGAGGGACCAGUGACCUGCAACUUGUUCGAGAUGCUCUCCGCAGCCUGCGCAACAGCUUCAGUGGCCACGAUCCUCAGCACCACACCAUCGACAGCCUGGAACAGGGCAUCUCCAGCCUCAUGGAGCGCCUACACAUGAUGGAGACCCAAAAGAAACAAGAAAGGAGGGUGCGGGGCAAGUUACCCAGAACUCAAGCAGGCAGUGAAUACCGGGAGUCCUGGCCCCCUAAUUCAAAGUUGCCUCACUCACAGAGCUCUCCAACCAUCAGCAGCGCCUGCACUAAAGUGCUCUAUUUCACUGACCGGUCACUUACUCCCUUCAUGGUCAAUAUACCAAAGAGGUUGGGGGAGGUGACACUGAAAGAUUUUAAAGCAGCCAUUGACCGGGAAGGGAAUCACCGAUAUCACUUCAAAGCACUGGAUCCUGAGUUUGGCACUGUUAAAGAGGAGGUUUUCCAUGAUGAUGAUGCCAUUCCUGGAUGGGAAGGCAAAAUUGUAGCCUGGGUGGAAGAAGACCAUGGAGAGAAUUAAUGCCGAUUGUUAGAUUGAAGGCUUGUGGAACCUGGUCACUCCCUGGCUACUUCACUCAGGAAAGGGGACUAAAAUCAGAAUACACUAAGAAGUUUCUAGUUUGUGCUGCCAAAACAGAAUCUUCUCCAAGUGUAAUAGCCACAGGCCAGUCCUGUUUCCGUGCCUGGCAUAUCUGGUACUUAAAAUCCCUGUCCAAAUGUAGACUGUGGGUUCUUCUGGAGUUCCUUGUCCUUGGGAACACAGUGUUUUGUUUUACUCUGAGGACAACAAACCGAAGGCCUUAACCAAUGGGGAUGGAUGGAUGAUCCCGCCCAUUUAGGGGCAUGGCUGCUAUUAUUUGGACUCUAGGAAUUGGAUGCGUCACUCCUGUGUGUUACAGUGUUAUUUUAAUUGGCCUCAAUGUUUGCAGCAGAGUCCCAGCAUUUAUACUCACAGACAAGAUAACGGUACCAGCUCUUCUGCUUCCCUGCAGCUAUUGCAAACCAAGAAUAACUCAUGAGAUGGUACCAAAGAUGAAGGCCCCAUCCUUCAUUAAUCUUUUGGACUGGAUAUAGAUGGUGCUGAAUUGUUGAUGGAAAUAAGGGCUGCCUAUGUUGUGCUAUACUAUUUUCCAAACCAUAGUUAGACCUUAGCUUGACUCUUACGUCUUAACUGGUUCUGCAAUUUGUCCUUUAGCCUACACAGGGCAUAUUUCACGUACUGCUAGUUUCCUCUGGGGACUCUUAACUUUAGAGCCAUUUCUUUCCCUUCUAGCUGAUGAACUUUGUGUUUGAAAGGACUAAGGAGUGAGAAGCUCCUUAAAAAUCCAGGCAGGUAUGGAAAGGUGCUGCUACCCAUAUCUUCUUGACUUUCCUUCUCCUGUGACUUUCUUUAGCCAUCAGACUCAUGGCAUCUCUUUUGCAGUCAAGAUGAGACAGACAACUGAUUUAGUAUUUCUUUGUGAUUUGUGAGUAUUGAGCAUGAAUUACUGGCUGCCCCUCAUUUCAAAGCCAGGAGUUAUUUUCUAUUAUAUAUUUAGUAUAGACUGAUCCUUUAGGGCACAGUUACAACCAUGGGGCAUGGAGUUGUGAAUGGCAGGAUUGAUUCUGGGUGAAAAAACCCAGACUACUUUCUCAUAUGCAACACUGUCAAGUGUAGAAACUAAGAGUGGAACUUCUAACAAUUACUUAGUAAUUUCGGUUUUCUCAUUCACUGACUAAACAUCAUCAACCAAUUAGCCAUCAUUAUAUUUAUAUUCCCAAAAGCAGUCUGCCUGUGACCACCAAUGUACACUGCCAAACAGAAGAGUCGGACAGAUCAGUUCUGGGUUCUUGACCUGUCUGUCUCCAGUUCAUAUCCCCUUUUUAGCCAUUUCAACAGACUACUCUUUGAGCUCUGAGAUGACAUCUUGUUGUUUUAUAUAGAUGUGUCUUUUUAAAUAGCUCAUGUUUGGAGAAUUCUUUUGUACUCAUUUGCUUUUUGUCUGAGAACCAUGUCUAUUUUUAUAACUGAGUGUGAGUUCUGUAUACUCUCAUAUUCUGUACACUGUAUCCAUUUUCUAGAGAACCCAGUGGCUUUUAUACAGGCUUUUCUUACUACCCCUUGUGAUGUCAGAACAAGCUUUAUUUUAUGAUGAGUGUACUGAUGACAACUAGUUCCUGUUCCAAUUCUACCUGCCAAUUUUAAUUGUGGAGGCAAUGUUAUAUAAUCCAUGUGAUUGCUCCUUUAGCAGACAGAAGGAGCUCAAAAGACAUCUUGUUCUUUCAUUGUAAAUUUACCUGAUAGUCUUGCUAUUGAAGAAUUUCUCACCAGAAACAACUGGGAAAGCAAAUCAAAAUCAAGAAUAAUUCAUUGUGAAAGCAAACAAAAGGAAACAGUAUACUCUGUUUUUAUUUUCCCCCAGGAAGUCUGGAGAAAAAGUCCUCAUGUCAUAAAUUUCUUUAUUGCAUGUAUUUUAGUGUUAACGCUAUAAGAUAGUAUGAGGAUUAUCAGGCCAAAAUUUGUUAUUGUAGUUCUACAACAAUUUAUCUUGAAUGUCUGUCUCCUAAAUUUUUUACUUUUCAGUCUUUCAGUAAAAACAGUCUUACCAUUAUGUGGAAUUUAACUUUUCACAGAAAAUUAAAUCAGAGAAAAAUCUGAGGUCCUCACCUUAUUUGUCUUAUGUAUCUCUACGUCCUUUGGAAAAGGAGCUGCAUGGCCUCAGUGCCUCCACUUGAAAGCUGAAGUUGAGUUCAGGGGACAAAAGGAGAUUUUUUUCCCCCUUUACCUGGUUUAGCAUGAACUGAAGUAGUGACUAAGCAUCCCUACUAUGUGAUCUUUUGUGUAAAAUGUGUUGGUAAUCCUCAUUCCAGUUUCUAAAGGGAGCGAAGCCUUCUGAGGAGGAGUACUCAUUAAUUCAUUCUGCGUUGAAUAGUCUCCUAGUUGGAUGCACUGUAGCAGAAGUCCUCUUGACUUAUGCAUUAUAUUGCCUGUCCCUUAAAGGUAUUUCAGUGGAAUAGUCUAUCCAAACAGCUGCUGGCAUUCUCUUUCCUUGAGAAAACUAAGGAACUAGAAUGUUGAGAAUUUAUAAAAUAAUCUCUAAACCCCUUUAGAUUUAAAAAAUAAAUGACCCUCUCAUAUAAACUAGUUUACUGGUACAGAACUCAAUUCCUUAAAAAGUCGUC